UUUUGAAAAUUUCCUCUAAGCCGGCACACGUGCAGAGCAACAGGGCAGAGUAAGAAUAUGGAAGGUUUCUUUCCCGACAAAUUUCUGGACGAUACUUUCUGUGAUGAAUCUUUUCAAAAUCAGAAUGAUUUUCUUCAGUUUACAGAGACUGAGACUCGCCAAGAAAGCUUCCAUGUCGGAUCGAGUUCCCAGAACCCUAUUGUCGAAGACGAGCUUUCCGCCGCCGCCGCCGCCCCUCCUCCUGCUCCUGCUGCCGCUAAUAAGAGUGAUUUUCUUCAGUAUAGUGACUGUCUCAGAGCUGUGUUCGGGCAAGAAAGUUCUCAGAAUGUGUUGAAUUCAAAUGAAGUUGCUUUUGUUCCAUACAAUGACGUACCAGGAACGGGAUCGGAAUCGGGGCAAGAAAAUUCACGUGGCAUUAACGCGAAAGAUCGUGGCCAUGGAGCUUCUCCUGCUGGGAAUCGAAGUGAUUUUGUUCAAUACAGAGAGCUACCCAGAACAGAGUAUAGUCAGGGAAGUUCAGAUGUUAUGAACAUGAGAAGGAGGAUGAUUGAUUACUUGAACAGUUGUCCUGCAGAGAGAGGCAACAUGGCAGAGUACGAAAGAGAACGAGGUUUCAGGCACAUGAUUAACGAGAGAAUGAGAAGGCAGAGACAGAGGCAGUGUUGCUUGGCCUUGCAUUCUAUAUUACCAUUUGGAACCAAGAACGACGUUAAUUCGGUGGUUCAAAUGGCAGCGAAGGAGAUCCAGAAGCUACAAGCUUGCAGGGAUGAAUUGAAGAAGCAAAAUGCAGAGCUUGAAGAAAAACUUAACAGUGAACAAGGCAACAGAGUUGAGUUGAGGCUGGCUCAUUCCACGUCUCCAAUAGAUUCAGUGCUUGAGACUCUUCAAUUAUUGACGGAUCUUGGGAUGAAUACCAGAAGCAUCACCUCAAAUUUCUCUCAUCAGGAAUUGUUUGCCUUGUUAGAGAUGCAUGCUAAUAAGAUGGGAGGAGCCGAAGUAGAAAGGGGAAAUGAGGAUGCGGAGAACGAAAAUGAAUGGAAGCUUCCUUCUCAUGACCGAGAAAUUCUCAAAAGGCAGCGACUCUGAAUGGAAUCACAAUUCACAACUGACACUGACAUCAAAUUUUGUAAAUUACACCUACUACUUAGUCAUUGAAAGACAUGAAACUGAUGAAAGGGUCAUUUCACUUCCACA